UAUGACAACGAAUGAGGAAAAAGUGACUUGGGAGGGUCUGUACAAUAAAGACCCUCAGAUCAGACAAGUGGCAAUGCAAAAUAUCAGAGAAGACAUGCAGACCAGGGUGGAUCUGACAGCCCCUGUGAUGAAAGAGAUGGACUUUCCUGGCUAUUCAGAUUUGAAUCAGAACUUGGCCAGACUCCUGAUGCUCUCCAAGAGAUGUCCCUUUCCAGAUGUCAGACAGAAGAGCCUGGAAGUCCUGAACCUGAUUCAGGAAAUGGGAGUCCGAAUCCCUCGCCCCUUAGGACAAGGUCCCAGCAGAUUCAUCCCUGAAGAAGAGAUUCUACAAGUGGGGAACGAAGAUGCUAACAUGCAUUCAGUGUUUGCUGACGUGUUUACUGACAUGGGCCGCUUGGAUAACAUAACCCUAGUGAUGGUGUUCCACCCCCAGUAUUUGGAGAGUUUCCUGAAAACACAACAUUACUUGUUGCAGAUGGACGGUCCCUUACCUGUCUGUUAUCAGCACUACAUUGGUAUCAUGGCGGCGGCCAGGCAUCAGUGCACCUACCUGGUUAACCUGCACGUCAAUGACUUUAUCCAUAGCGGAGGGGACCAGAAGUGGUUAAAUGGUCUUGACAACGCUCCACAGAAGCUCCGUAACCUAGGAGAGCUAAACAAGCUACUGGCACACAGACCUUGGCUGAUCAAAAAAGAACACAUUGAGCAACUGCUGAAGACAGGAGAGCACAGCUGGUCCCUGGCAGAGCUGAUCCAUGCUGUAGUCCUGCUCACACACUACCACUCCUUGGCUUCUUUUACAUUUGGCUGUGGAAUAAGUCCAGAAAUUCACAAUGAUGGAGGCCACACAUUCCGUCCCCCUUCCGUCAGUAACUACUGUAUCUGUGAUAUAACGAAUGGCAAUCAUAGAGGGGAUGAGAGCCACCGCACAACAGGAAGUAUGGUAAGUAUCAGCCAUUCGUGUUGUGAAGUGGAAGCUCUGAUGGAGAAGAUGAAGCAGCUUCAGGAAUGUAGAGAUGAAGAGGAGGCAAGCCAGGAAGAGAUGGCCACACGUUUUGAGAGAGAGAAGACCGAAAGCAUGCUGGCUUUUGCUAUAGAUGACCCUCCACCGGCACGAGAAGUCUCCAGACAUUUUGAAGACACCAGUUAUGGUUACAAGGACUUCUCCCGCCGUGGAAUGCAUGUUCCCACCUUUCGAGUGCAGGAUUUCAGCUGGGAAGACCACGGUUACUCUUUAGUGAAUCGUCUUUAUCCAGAUGUUGGGCAGCUACUUGAUGAGAAAUUUCACAUUGCAUAUAAUCUGACAUAUAACACCAUGGCCAUGCACAACGAUGUAGAUACCUCAACGCUAAGACGGGCCAUAUGGAAUUAUGUACAUUGCAUGUUUGGAAUAAGGUAUGAUGAUUAUGACUAUGGAGAAAUAAACCAAUUAUUGGACCGAAGCUUUAAAGUUUACAUAAAAAAUGUGGUGUGUAGUCCAGAGAAGACGACAAAACGAAUGUAUGACAACUUCUGGAGGCAGUUCAAGCAUUCUGAGAAGGUCCAUGUUAAUUUGCUUCUUAUGGAAGCGAGGAUGCAAGCUGAACUAUUGUAUGCUCUACGAGCAAUCACCUGGUAUAUGACCUGAUUGAUUUGUCCGAACGAUCGCUCAAAACGAAUGUUCAACAGGGAAAUCUGCUUUCUGCACUGCCGACUUCCCACGCCUUUGUGGUAGCUACCUUUUCCUCAGAAGUCCAUUGUGCCAUAAUUGCCAUCAUAUCAGCUGUUUGGUUUGUGCCACUGAUUUCUCACAUUGAACUGACAUUUGAAUGUCCUGAAAGAUGAUGCCUUGCUGUCCUGCUGGAACACCUGCAAGUCUGGUCUUUUGCCAUCCAGUGAUGUUGCGUGUCUUUGCAGUGAUGGACAUUUAGAAAGCAUUGAAGACGAGGCACCGUGGAAACAUGCACUAUGAUUUCCCAUUUGGGUCAAUAGUGGUGCUGCUGAUGUGUUAAUGAGACGUGGGCCUCCCAGUUAAGCUAUAUAAAUAAAAGUACAUGAACACUGCUACAGCCUGAGCCUUGUUAUAUAAAUACACACCGGAAGUGUGCAUUCCUUUACAUUUGUGCAUGUUUUAUGGUUGGCCAUCUACAGCAGUUAACAAAUCUCCCAACAUCUGUUGCUGAUAUCAGCUAUUGGCUUUAUAUAGUGCUGGAAGAAAGCUGUGAUUGACAAGUAUAUAUUGUAUAUCAAUAUAUAGUAUAUGUUCAAGAAAAAAAAAAUUGUCUUCCUGAAAAUCUGUAUAGAUCCAUUUCUUUCCAGUCUUCAGAAGGUAUUUUUACCAUUCUCUGACUACAGGGAAAGUGAAAUACCUCUUCAGUUGUGGGGUGCACACUUUGUUGUAUCACACUGCUGUCUGUCUAGUAGUGGUCAGGGUGGAGGGAUUGUAGGUCGCCUGUGUGUGACUUAACCAUUCUUAAAGUCAUUGGCAGCUGCUGAAAUAUCACACGUGGUUUACAGCGUUUCAAACUUGAUCAAGAUGUGAAUGUUUAGA